AUGGUUUUCUUUAAGGUUACAUUGUCAAGGUCAACUAUCGGGAUGCCCAAAAAGACUCGGUCAAUUGUGAAAAGUCUUGGCCUGGGAAAGAGAGGAUCGAUUGUCUACCAACCAGUAAGUGAGCCUAUCGUUGGUGCAAUUGCAAAAGUUAAGGAACUGGUAACUGUUGAAGUUACAGAAAAGGCAUUAACAAAAGAAGAGCAACGUGAAUUACGGAAGUCAGAGCCAGGAUUUAUUCUUGAAAAAAGGAUAUGA